ACAAGAGGAGGAAGGACAUGGAUCAGUGUUUUCUUUCUUGAAGCUACUGUUACCACCCCUGGAAAAGUUCUUCAGGAAUAAGUGACAGUAAGAACGACAAGGGAUUAGGACUGGCUUCCUCUUAUAAAUAAUAAAAUCCAAAGAGAAGUGACUUGAGGUGAGUGGCAGAGCUACGCCUUGCACCCCGACCUUCUGUUGCUGGCUCCAUCUGCUUUCCAAAAUACCACCUUGACUUCUCAGUCUCCAGGUUUAAAGAAGAGCAACUGGAAGACGUCCAAACACCUGCAUCUCAUAAGGAGAAGAAAAGUCCACCUGGAUCUUGUUUCCAGACUGAGAUGGAUGGAGAGGCCACAGUGAAGCCCGGAGAACAAAAGGAAGUGGUGAGGAGAGGAACAGAAGUGGACUACUCCAGGCUCAUUGCUGGCACUUUACCACAAUCUCACGUCACCAACAGGAGGGCGGGAUGGAAAAUGCCCCUCUUCCUCAUACUGUGCCUGCUACAAGGUUCCUCUUUCGCCCUUCCACAAAAAAGACCCCAUCCGAGACGGCUGUGGGAGGGCUCUCUCCCCUCCAGGACCCAUCUCCGGGCCAUGGGAACACUCACGCCUUCCUCGCCCCUCUGCUGGAGGGAGGAGAGCUCCUUUGCAGCUCCAAAUGCAUUGAAGGGCUCAAGGCUGGUGUCAGGGGAGCCUGGAGGAGCUGUCACCAUCCAGUGCCAUUAUGCCCCCUCAUCUGUCAACAGGCACCAGAGGAAGUACUGGUGCCGUCUGGGGCCCCCAAGAUGGAUCUGCCAGACCAUUGUGUCCACCAACCACUACACUCACCAUCGCUAUCGUGACCGUGUGGCCCUCACAGACUUUCCACAGAGAGGCUUGUUUGUGGUGAGGCUGUCCCAACUGUCCCCGGAUGACAUUGGAUGCUACCUCUGCGGCAUUGGAAGUGAAAACAACAUGCUGUUCUUAAGCAUGAAUCUGACCAUCUCUGCAGGUCCCUCCAGCACCCUCCCCACAGCCACCCCAGCUGCUGGGGAGCUCACCAUGAGAUCCUAUGGAACAGCGUCUCCAGUGGCCAACAGAUGGACCCCAGGAACCACCCAGGCCUUAGGACAGGGGACAGCGCAGGACACAGUUGCUUCAACUCCAGGAACCAGCAUGACUACAGCUUCAGCUGAGGGAAGACAAACCCCAGGAGCAACCAGGCCAGCAGCUCCAGGGACAGGCAGCUGGGUGGAGGGUUCUGUCAAAGUACCAGCUCCCAUUCCAGAGAGUCCAGCUUCAAAAAGCAGAAGCAUGUCCAAUACAACCGAAGGUGUUUGGGAGGGCACCAUAAGCUUGGUGACAAACAGGGUUAGAGCCAGCAAGGACAGGAGGGAGAUGACAACUACCAAGGCUGAUAGGCCAAGGGAGGACACAGAGGGGGUCAGGAUAGCUCUUGAUGCAGCCAAAAAGGUCCCAGGAACCAUUAGGCCACCAGCUCUGGUCUCAGAAACUUUGGCCUGGGAAAUCUUCCCACAAGCAACGCCAGUUUCUAAGCAACAAUCUCUGGGCUCCAUUGGAGAAACAACUCCAGCUGCAGGCAUGUGGACCUUGGGAACUCCAGCUGCAGAUGUGUGGAUCUUGGGAACUCCAGCUGCAGAUGUGUGGACCAGCAUGGAGGCAGCAUCUGGGGAAGGAAGUGCUGCAGGGGACCUAGAUGCUGCCACUGGAGACAGAGGUCCCCAAGCAACGCUGAGCCAGGCCCCGGCAGUAGGACCCUGGAGGCCCCCUGGCAAGGAGUCCUCCGUGAAGAGUACUUUUCCGGAAGAUGAAAGCAGCUCUCGGACCCUGGCUCCUGUCUCUACUAUGCUGGCCCUGUUUAUGCUUAUGGCUCUGGUUCUAUUGCAAAGGAAGCUCUGGAGAAGGAGGACCUCUCAGGAGGCAGAAAGGGUCACCCUAAUUCAGAUGACACAUUUUCUGGAAGUGAACCCCCAACCAGACCAGCUGCCCCAUGUGGAAAGAAAGAUGCUCCAGGAUGACUCUCUUCCUGCUGGGGCCAGCCUGACUGUCUCAGAGAGGAAUGCAGGACCCUGAGGGACAGAAAGAUGAACUGCUCAUUACCAUGGGAGAAGGACCAAGAUCAAAGGCCUUCAGGACCCCAGCCUCUUUGCAUCAUCCUUCCUCCACCUGUGGGAAGAGAAGCUGAUGCAGCCAGUGCUCCACCCAUGGAAGAAAGGCUGGCUGUCUUUGGGCCCAAGAAAGUCAAGCAUUAUCCACGUCCAAAGGUGACAAGAUGACUCAAAGGAGACUUCAAGAACAGUGUACGAAACACUGGAAGAGGUCACCUAGGAAAAGCGUGAAAUUUCCAUUCCUGAAUGUUUGAAAAUAGAAGAGGCUUCCAAUCAGUGUGGAAAGUGACAAAUUCUCUAUCAUCACUCCCAGCCCUUGCUGGGGGCCCCUUUUCUGACUACUGUUAGCACCUCAGCCUCCCACUCACAUUUAAGUAUAUUUAAGUGUACCAGCCUUGCCUUCUCAAGUAGAUUCUAAGCUCCUUUAGGGCAGUAAUUGCAUUUUAUCUGUCUCAUGAUGUCCCCCAGAGAACUUCCAACUCAGUAGGACCCCAAUAAAUACCUGUGGCUGAUUGACUGA